GUUUUCACACUGCCCGAUUCUCUUAACAUCUGGGGCGGGGACACAGCUCUCUGUCCCAUCGAGCAUUUCGAUCUCACUCGACUUGAGGAUCUUGAGACUUGUCAAGCAAUGAGCGCCAGUGGACCGGUAGACUCUGAUAACCACAAACAAGCAGUCGACGAUGUCAGCCAUGCAUCCUUUCUCCGCCUCUCCUACCGAGGACGAGCCAAUCAUUCGCCCUCUUGGGGAUACCGUAUUCGAGGUCACGGUGUCAAGAAAGAACCGCGCAGCCUUCUUCCACGAUGCACUCCAGCGACUCCGUGACACCCGAGAGGAAGCAGAGAUCACUCUCAACAACCUCAGGGCAUGGUCGCCAGAAGUAGCGGAGUCUUUUCAAAUCCGAGAUCCGGAGACCGUGCUCAGUACUCCGUUCCGACUGAUAUGCGAAAGCGACGCAGGCCAUGUGCCCUUCGACAGCGAGAUGAUACUACGCCAAUACUUGGCUGUCAGCUAUUGUUGGCGCCACGAUGAUAGUGACUGGCCUGUAUCAGUACCUCGUUCGCCUUGGCCUUUCAGCAAAGCCUUCGUCGAUGCUGUGCUCGCUGAGCGCGGCGUCCAUUCGGAUGCUCCAGAGCCGGACGCCAACUUUCGGAGAGAGGGGAUCUGGAUCGACCAGAUGUGUAUUCGACAGCAAGACGAAGUCGAGAAGGCGAGGUCCCUUGCCAUGAUGGACAUGAUCUACGACAAGUGCCGCAAGCUACUGAUCCUCCUCGAGGAUGUGACAUUCACAAAAGACGAGGUCAGGGUGCUAGAGAAAUAUGAUAACCCUCGAGCCAAGACAGUUGAGGAAGCUAUUUGGAAAGUUGACACGGUGGACAUCCCACAUCUUGCCAGCCUCUGCGCCAAGGUCGAGAAUUCACGUUGGUGGUCACGAUCAUGGUGCUGGCACGAAUACGAGGCCAAUAAACCAUGGAGUGACUUGCGUCACCACUACUUUGCACACAAUGCGACAUUCAUCGUCAACAGGGUCACCUCCUCCACUGGUGAAUGCAGUACCUAUAAAAUGCGAAAUUUAACGCUGCAGCAUGCACGUCAUGCCAGUAUGACUGAGUCAAGUUUCGAUUUUGGUGAAGAGUUUCUACACAGAACGAUCCGCUGGACCUUGGGAGACAAUGAUGUAUCGCCUUACCAUGACCCUGCACAUCGUGGGCACGGCACUGUGAGAUCGUCGAUAAUGGUACAAUAUUUCGUCGUAUCAUACACCGGGUCUGAGAUCCCGUCAGACGUCAUUACAAUCACAAUCAAUCUCUGUGGGCUCGCUCUUGCGUUUGUCACCCAAUUCCGCGAUCGAAGCCAGUUAUUUUUUACAAUCUCCCUGCUCGCCCUCGCCUGUGGGGAGAGUAGGCCUUUAACCUGGCAGAAGUCUACCGCCGUCCCAGAUGCCGACAUGCCUACACUUGAGGUCCAGAACCAUGUUGAGACGACGUGGCUGUCACCGCCCCAUGCGGGAAUCGACACCGCGCUGCCAAAAUUCAGGGUCGGGGGCGUGGAAGGUAUUCAUAGGGUGACGGAACGAUACAUCGAACUCGAUAUGCUCUUCUUCGACGAUUUAAUCUACGUCGUAACAGAUGAAGAGUUUCAGGAAACCUUUGACUUCUUUCCGGACAAACCAAUCCGUUCCCGCGAGGUCAGGCCAAGGUUUGCGACCAUUGGUCACGAGGGGGCACGCAACGACGACGACGCCAGCGACAUGCAGCGGCGACAGUUUCUCGCUACAAUCUGCAAGAAUAGCUCGACCGAUCUGUGCAGACUAUGGGAUACAAUAGACAAACAGGUUGUCCAGCCUUCAUUCAACAAUGCGCGAUUUGAACCAUUCGCGGGAGAUGAGGCACUUCGUCCGGCUGCAAAGAAGCUGUUGGCUCGGCUGCGUCAGUCCUCCACCUCAAACAGCAUUCCGUCCCCGACGGGUGACCUGGAGCAGAUAACCCUCCUGCUCCUUACCUUCAUCACCGACCCACGCGCCCUCUAUAUGAUUCACAUGUUUGGAAGCAUCCGCUGUGAUGAGAGCUCCUGCGCUGUCGUCGGAUGGCCCAUGCUGACUCACCUAUCCGAUUAUAAUACAUGGGAUCGCUACCGUCUGGCCAUACCUACUGACCUAGUACAUUCACCUUCUAACGUAAGUCGCCUGUGGGUCCUGCGGCCUAUUGAUGGCGAAAACACUCCGCAAGAACCCAGCCCAGAUGGAAGGGAGGCAGCCUAUCAGACUGCCACUGGUCUGUGGGAGAACCCGAGCGGUAGAUGGAGGCUGGUUGGGAAGAGUCUUCUCAUUGGUGAGCCUGAUCUCAUUCUGGCUUCUCAGAACCAGCAAGGCGCAGGGAGGCGCUUCGUCAGUCUCCGGAAGCGCCAGCACGUCGAGGGUUGACGGGAUCAAAGGUCCGGCGAUUGGGAUUCACCACGCUCGCUUCAAGCAUUCAGCAUUUUCGUAGUUAUAUCUUCCAACACCUCAGAUACAAUCGAUGUUGCUCACUUUCUGGCCGGGCGUUACCAAUCUUAUGAUCUAGCACGCACACGGUUCUAUGAACACCCAACAGCGGUCUCCGACUCGAUCAUCCAAAUGAAAUCGAUUGACCACUUCAUGUACCUAUGUUCCUACUGAUCUAUAAAAGUUGCCGUGCGUAGUUAUUCGGCCGGUGAUGCCGAGCUGAGCCGGGUUGAGGAUUACAGAUUAUGUAAACUUUGUUGCGGCCCACUCUGCGACAGCAUAUAGUAAUGCUGUCGAGUGGCCGGCUACCUGAAGUGGAAUCACGCUCAGAUCGAUGACACGCACGUUACUUGUUCCGUAGACCGUGAAAUUGUUGUCCACCACGCCUCCCAUAUCCCGAGGCAACAUGGCACACGAGCCGAGAUGAUGGUGAUUGGGCCCGAAGGACGAGUUCUUGAGCCAGUUGAGCCAUAACUCAUCGCCCGCAUCCUCCGGGAUUUCUUCGAAACUGGGUGAGAUACUUGCCGGGUCAACAAGGUCCGACAGCGGCGCGGUGGUCAACACUCUGCGGCUGAACCUCGCCGUCUGCACCGCAGCUAGACCGUCAAACUCCGACUGGAAAAAGUUGGGAUUGAUGGAUGGCGGCGUGGUAUCGUUUUCACUGAUAAUGUGCACACUUCCUCGACUGAGCGGUUGCAGAGGCCAGAAGACGACACCGACAAGGUUCCCCACGGCUAAAGGUAUGACCUCGGAGGUUGGUGUAUUCGAGUCGUAAAGGAGAUCCAACUGGCUUUUGAGCAGGCGAUGUUGAGCGCUGGCGCUGCUUGCUCCUCCAUUCUGCGCUGCGAUUUGCUCAGCAUAAGCCGGGAGCUGUGCUAUAGCCGUGUCAUACACCGACGUGGUGUUGUCGCCGAAAAUAUCUUGCAAUGAUGUAAAGGAGACGAAGUUCGGAAAUCCCGUCUCAUUUCGGCUGAUGAAGUUGGCCGUGACACGAAGCACGGUCUGAUCCUGGAAGUUCUCACCUACGGCCGGUAGGUCGAUUGUGGUGCUAAUAUUGUAUUUCGACAACACUGAUGGGUUUCCGACACCAGAGUACUCCAGGAUUGCCGGGCUCCUGAUAGCGCCCGCCGAAAGAAUGACUUCGCGAUCAGCAUAGAUGGUUGAUAUCUGGCCGUCCUGGCGGACCACGCUGGCUCCCAAGGCAACUGCCUUCCCGUCCUCGUUGUUCUCAGACCAGAUAAUGCGAGCAGCCGUCGUAUUGACCAUGACAUGGAGGUUCUCACGAUCCUGGACCGGAUAAUAGUAUGCUCUGGCAGCAUCCUCUCGUACGUCCAACGCGCUGUCCUGAGUCACGGCCUGGCACCCAAACCCUCUCAGCUCUCCCCCGUCAAAAUCCGCGAUUGGCGGAAUCCCUACAUUCUUCAUUGUAUCGUUGAACACAGUAUGGAUAUCGCUGGAGGACAUAUGCUUGCUGAUGCAGGUAUCCAGAGGACCAUCGAAGCCAUGGUAUGCCGCAACAUAUCUUCCCCCUAGGGCUUGAAUGCUCGGUGGAGGGAUAGUAUAGCGUUCGUACUUCUUUCCAUAUGCAAACAGCUUGUUCCAGUCGAGGUCCAGACCCAAAGAAGGCCAGAGAUCCAUCUGAGAGCUGGCCGGGCGGAUAUGCGUCAUCCCAUUGAUCAGACUCGAGCCACCGAGGCCUUUCCCCGCACUCCAUGCGAUGGUUUGGUUGGCAGCAUAAAUCUGCGGCGCGCUCUCGUAUUGCCAAUCGACAUCAGUGUUCCUGGCUAUGCCCAACACAGUGGUGUUCGUGACAAGGGGAUUAUCGUAUUGAAAUGUACCGGCCUCGACGACGAGGACAGUAUUAUUCGGAUUCUCGGACAGUCUGUUCGCGAUCACCAUGCCAGCAGUACCCCCGCCCAGGAUUACGUAGUCGAAAUGAGCAUCGCUGUAGCUGUCCGGCGAUCGCGUCGCAGACGAUGCAACAGCCAGCGCCGACCCUAUGAAGCAAGCGAUGUUGAGGAACAUUAUCUUCCAAUGCAGAACGGUGCAACAGCCUAGUGAGGAAGAAUAAGGUAGGUUUCACAAAAUGAACACGAUGUAGGGGUUGGUAUCCAGUAUGAUGCUGACAUCCGGACGCUGAC